AUGGUGACCUUAGCCAAUGAGUUCCUGAUUUCUAUCCGCUGGCAGGAGGCCAGCCAUCGUACGACGAUCCAGGAAGACGGUUCGGGAAACCUCGAAGCACAUCGCAUGAUCGACGCAGAGUCUGAAGCAGUUUCUGCAGGACGGCCAAUGCCUCUGCUGACCGUCAUUGAGGGACACGUGACCGUUUCAACGACUUAUGCCAAGAACGUAAUGUGCAAUAUCUCAGUAUUAGACAGACGAUUCGCCAGUGGACUGCCUGUCCGACCAUAUUCUGGCCGAACGCCGGUCGACAACGGCGACCAGCGCAUAUAUCGACGUCCUGGGUACAUUGGCACAUUAGUCGUUUUUCGGCCACAAGCCGGCACGGGAUGCGACCGCGGUUUAAAGUGA